AUGCUGCAGCGGUGCAUCCUGAGGCUGUGCCAUGUGCUCACGCUGGCGCUGUGCGUGUCAGCCACUGACGACUUUGACUGGACGAAGAACGAAAGAACGUCUUUCUACUACGGCACCUUCCCAACUGGUUUCUCCUGGGGAGCCGGCAGCUCUGCCUAUCAGACUGAGGGGGCCUGGAACAUUGAUGGCAAAGGAAUGAGCAUCUGGGAUGCAUUUGCUCACACGAAGGGGAAAAUAUUCUUAAAUGACACGGGAGACUUCUCGUGUGAGGGCUACUACAAAUUCAAGGACGACGUCACCUUGAUGAAGGACAUGAAGUUGAAUCAUUAUCGUUUCUCCAUCUCCUGGCCGAGGAUUUUACCAAGCGGACUGAAAAGUGAACACAUCAACGAGAAAGGAAUCAAAUAUUAUGAUGACCUGAUCAACAUGCUGCUGGACAACCAGAUCACACCCAUUGUGACGCUGUACCACUGGGAUCUACCGCAGGUGCUGCAGGAGAAGUACGGCGGCUGGCAGAACGUCAGCAUGGUGAACUACUUCAACGACUUCGCCAACCUGUGCUUUGAGAGGUUUGGAAACAAAGUGAAGUACUGGAUCACGUUCAACAAUCCGUGGUCUAUCGCUGUGGAGGGAUAUGAAACAGGGGAACAUGCACCCGGACUGAAGCUGAAGGGAACAGGAGCUUAUAAAGCCGCCCACCACAUCAUCAAGGCUCAUGCCAAAGUCUGGCACACGUAUGACAUGCAGUGGCGAAGCAAACAAAAAGGUCUGGUUGGGAUCUCGCUGACGGCUGACUGGGGGGAACCGGUGGACAUCACCAACCAGAGGGACAUCGAAGCGGCAGAGAGAUACAUCCAGUUCUACAUGGGAUGGUUCGCUACUCCCAUCUUCAAUGGAGACUACCCCCAGGUCAUGAAAGAUUACAUCGGCAGGAAGAGUGGCCAGCAGGGCCUGGGAGCUUCACGGCUGCCCGUCUUCUCGCCUCAGGAGAAGAGUUACAUCAAGGGAACCUGCGACUUCUUGGGCCUCGGACAUUUCACGACCCGCUACGUCACCCUGAAGAAUUACCCGUCAGGCCUUGGAGACAGCUACUUCGCAGAUCGUGACCUUGCAGAGCUGGUUGACCCGCAAUGGCCUGAUCCUGGUUCUGAAUGGCUCUAUUCUGUUCCCUGGGGCUUCCGACGCUUGUUGAACUUUGUCAAGACUCAGUAUGGGAACCCCAUGAUAUACGUGACAGAAAACGGCGUGUCAGAGAAAAUGCUCUGCACCGACCUCUGUGACGACUGGAGGAUGAAGUACUUCAAAGAGUACAUCAACGAAAUGCUCAAAGCGAUGAAGGACGGCGUGAAUGUGAAGGGUUACACAGCCUGGUCUCUGCUCGACAACUUCGAGUGGGACGAAGGAUACUCGGAGAGGUUCGGCCUCUACUACGUGGACUUCAGGAACAAAAAUAAACCACGCUACCCGAAGGCCUCGGUCCAGUUCUACAAACGCAUCAUCAGCUCGAACGGCUUUCCCAAUCAGAGAGAGGUGGAAAGCUGGAAGAGGAAAGCCAUCGAGACUUGCUCCUCCAGUAACCAGCUCCUCGCUGCAGAUCCGUUGAUAGGCCACAUGGAGAUGGUGACAGAGAUCGUGGUUCCCACAGUGUGCACGCUCUGCAUCCUCCUCAGCGCAGUCUUCCUCAUGUUCUUGCUGCGUGGACGCCUCUGA